GACAUCAUUCUGUAGCGUGGCGAGGGCGGGCCGUGUGACGUAGAGCUGAGGCUCUGGCUGUUUAUUGUUCCUUCCUCAGCACCGACAGAGAAAAACAGGCUAACAAGCCGUCAGCUACCUUUUUCACACGGUUCACGCUUGGUUCAACGAAGGUGAAACGGUCGAGACAGCUGACUGCACAAACCAGGGGCCAUGGCGUAUGCGUACCUCUUCAAAUACAUCAUCAUCGGAGACACGGGUGUGGGAAAGUCAUGUCUAUUACUACAGUUCACAGACAAGAGGUUUCAGCCAGUUCACGACCUCACUAUCGGUGUGGAGUUUGGAGCGAGGAUGAUCACUAUAGAUGGCAAACAGAUCAAACUGCAGAUCUGGGAUACGGCUGGUCAGGAGUCAUUCCGGUCCAUCACCAGGUCUUACUACAGAGGAGCAGCAGGAGCACUGCUAGUCUAUGACAUCACAAGAAGGGACACCUUCAACCACUUGACAACCUGGUUAGAGGACGCUCGCCAACAUUCCAACUCCAAUAUGGUCAUCAUGCUUAUUGGCAACAAGAGUGACCUGGAGUCAAGGAGAGAGGUGAAGAAAGAGGAAGGUGAAGCAUUUGCCAGAGAACACGGCCUCAUAUUCAUGGAGACCUCAGCCAAGACGGCCUCUAAUGUAGAGGAGGCUUUCAUCAACACAGCCAAGGAGAUCUAUGAGAAGAUCCAGGAGGGAGUGUUUGAUAUCAACAAUGAGGCUAACGGUAUUAAGAUUGGACCCCAGCAUCCUACCACCAACUCCACGCUGUCCGGUAGCCAGGGAGGCCAACAGGCUGGAGGCGGCUGCUGCUGAAGCCCCAAAACACACCACCACCUCCUCCUCCUCCUCCAUCCCGGCCCCUCCUCCUCCUCCUCCUCGCCCUCUCCAACCCUCCCUUGCGUUUCUACAGAACUGUCCAGGCUCACUAACAGUUUGUUAACCUCUCUCUCUACCGCUCCAUUCUUUCAUCCAUCCAUCCCUUCCUCUCUGUGUCUUUCUCUCGCUUUCUGUCUAUCAGCCGGUGUCUGAUAGCCUGUAGCCUAAAGGUUUACAGGCUAUGUCCCCAUGAAUUAAUCUGGCUUCCUACAGACUUGGGAGGACAGACAGACUUAGGAGGACAGAGUCAGCUUCACCUGCAGAUUCAGCCACUAAAUUCUGGCGUUUUGCAGUUCACCUUUUUUUGGUUAGAUAAAUAAAUUUUAAUCUUUUUAUUUUAAAAAAAAUGCUGGAUUGUGAAGAAUUCUAAUCCAGCAGUUUAAUUUACAUACUCCUCUUAAUUCAGGAGGAUGUUGUUGCGAUAUUACAGUACCUCAGAAUCAUAAAAAAACCUAUUUCUUCUGUAACGGUGAGUUGACUUUGUCCAGAUGGAGGCAGGAUUGUGGGUAGAGAUUAAACACACUCUAAACAACUGACUGUAUGGAAUAAACCGUGCACCAUGUUGUGUCUAUACACACAUCUGUACAUGUUUUUAAAGAAAAUGACGCAGCACGUUGAUAGCAGGACAUGUUCUUACAUGUUGAGUCAGUUUUCAUGCUGUGCCUGUGUGUGUAUAGGGAUGAUAUAGGUGUUCUAGUAUGUCACUUUGUAAGGUGUAGGAGGCAUUCAAGUCACUCUGUAUUUUCUGUCCAUAAAAAACAAAGUGCAAAUUAUGUUAUUUUGUGCUUCCUUUCCCUAUUUUUCAUCGUGCUGUUUUAUUCUCUCUCUGUCUUUGUGUCCUUUUUUGUUGACUUGCAGAUGAUUUGUAUUUAAUGAACACUACAAACUGGUUGUGGCUUAAAAAAAGUGUUUUAAAUUGUCUGGGGAGAGAAUAAAAGACCAAACUGUUCAGUGUGAAAAUGGAUCCUUUUUGGAACUUCAGAAAAGAAAAGUGGGAAAGUUAAAGAAACGUUAGGGGUGUUGAGAGCAGUGGCCGCCAUUAUGAAGUUAAGAAGUAAAAAGAGGAAAAUAGAUUGGAAAUUUCUUUUUGUUAACUAUAUUUAUCUGCACAUUUCUGUGUAUAUAUGGCUCUUUAGGUUUCUGUAGCUUUUUUGGCUGUUUUAAGGUGAAGCUUGUCAUGUUGUUGUGGUCUAGUUAUUUCUUUACCAGGGGCUGGUAAAAGACCAUUUUGGACUUUGAAACAGCUUUUUAGCAUUUUUAACAAUUCUCAUUUAAACCCAAAGGUACGGAGCCGCCCUGUUACAUUAGGGCCGCUGGUGCCCUUUCUUUUAAAUGACAAGUAUGAAUGAUAACAGGCUGUUAACAGGACCGCAUAGAGGCAUUGAAAGUCCCUGGUGGAGAACAGACUCCAACUGAAAAUGUCAAGCCGUCUCCCUUUUAAGCAAGCUAGAAUUUCCACCAUGAAUUAGCUGGCAGAUAUAUAAUGUAUACUGUUUAGAGCUUGAUCGAUGACUGCCUGCAAUGUUUUUUUGCUUCGAGACCCCCCCCACCCCAUGUAAUAGGCACCAUUUUACUGUUAUGAUCAUAUUUUACUACUUCAGUUACUUAUUGUUCAUCCUUCCUUCUCAUCCCGCCUCUCUCUCUCUCUCUCUCUCUUCUCUCUCUCUCUCUCUCCUCUCUCCUCUUCUCUCUCUCUCUCUCUC